UCACAUUGUUAGCUAUUGCAUACCUUUUAAGUGACUGCAACAUGUACUAGCUACAGUAGCUUGACAGUCAUAUACAUUUGAGUGUUAGCUUUCUUGUGUGGUUUACUCCAAGACCGUCAAUUCUCUUUAGUGUUUGCCAAUGUUGGAGGUGUAACUGGGGUCUGUCCCUGGAAAAAGGUGUAGAGGAUGGCACAAGUGAAAGUGCAGACUGCAGCGUCCCUUUCUGGGCCGGGCCUGUCCCCCAUUGUGUCCCCUUCUGCCAUGCCCAGCACCGGACCCCACAGUCUGCAGCCUGCCAUGCCCAGCACCGGAACCCACAGUCUGCAGCCUGCCAUGCCCAGCACCGGAACCCACAGUCUGCAGCCUGCCAUGCCCAGCACCGGACCCCACAGUCUGCAGCCUGCCAUGCCCAGCACCGGACCCCACAGUCUGCAGCCUGCCAUGCCCAGCACCGGACCCCACAGUCUGCAGCCUGCCAUGCCCAGCACCGGACCCCACAGUCUGCAGCCUGCCAUGCCCAGCACCGGACCCCACAGUCUGCAGCCUGCCAUGCCCAGCACCGGACCCCACAGUCUGCAGCCUGCCAUGCCCAGCACCGGACCCCACAGUCUGCAGCCUGCCAUGCCCAGCACCGGACCCCACAGUCUGCAGCCUGCCAUCAACAGCACAGUUCCAGCCCCAACGCCAGGCUGUCCCUGCCCUGCAGCUGGUUUUGAGGAUUCUACUGUUUGUGCAAAUCCUCCAGCUUCUCUCGAGGAAGACAUGGCAAACACCAAAGAGAAAACUCCCAUGUGUCUGGUGAAUGAGUUAGCCCGUUUCAACAGGAUCCAGCCUCAGUACAAGCUUCUGCGCGAACAAGGGCCAGCCCACUCUAAGAUCUUCACUGUGCAGCUGUGUCUGGGGGAGCAGCUUUGGGAAGCAGAGGGCACCAGCAUCAAAAAGGCCCAGCACUCCACAGCCUCCAAGGCCCUGAAUGAGUCCACCCUGCCCAGGCCCUCCCCUCGCUCGCCCAGAGUGGACAUCAACAGCAACCCAGGUAGUAUCACCCCCACAGUGGAGCUGAAUGGACUGGCGAUGAAAAGAGGAGAGCCAGCCAUCUACAGACCCCUGGACCCGAAACCCAUGCCCAACUACAGAGCCAACUACAAUUUCAGAGGAAUGUUCAAUCAGAGGUACCAUUACCCAGUGCCUAAGAUAUUCUACGUGCAGCUGACUGUGGGGACGAGCGAGUUUAUCGGAGAAGGGCGGACACGUCAGGCAGCUCGACACAAUGCCGCCAUGAAAGCCCUCCAAGCUCUGCGUGACGAGCCCAUUCCGCCAAAAGCGCCUCAGAGAGCGGAGGAGAAGAACGAGGUGGAGGAAACCAGCGAUGCCAACAAGUCGGAGAUCAGCCUGGUGUACGAGAUUGCGCUCAAGCGGAACAUGCCCGUCAGCUUUGAGGUCCUGAAGGAGAACGGCCCCCCACACAUGAAGAGCUUCUUCACCCGGGUCACUGUGGGCGAGUUCUCAGGAGAGGGAGAGGGGAACAGCAAGAAGCUCUCCAAAAAGAGGGCAGCCCUCUCCGUCUUGCAGGACCUGAAGAAACUGCCACCCCUCCCGGUGGUGGAGAAGCCAAAGCUGCAUUACAAGAAACGGCCCAAGUCUAUUUUAAAGACGGGGCCGGAGUACGGGCAGGGCAUGAACCCCAUCAGCCGCCUGGCCCAGAUCCAGCAGGCCAAGAAGGAGAAGGAGCCUGAGUACGUGCUGCUGUCGGAGAGAGGGAUGCCUCGUCGCCGUGAGUUCAUCAUGCAGGUGAAAGUAGGCGAUGAGCUGACCACAGGGACGGGGCCCAAUAAGAAAGUGUCCAAGAGGAAUGCAGCAGAGGCUAUGCUGCUCCAGCUGGGAUACAAGGCCUCCAGCACUGUACAGACUCCUCCUGAUCAGAUGGACAACAAAGGCUGGAAUGGACAAAAGGCCGCUUUUCCCGAAGCAACAACUCAAAAGGGAAUCCUCCAUCUGUCCCCUGACGUCUACCAGGAGAUGGAGGCCAGCAGGAGCAAAGCCGGGCCGGGAGCCCCAGUAAACUACCUGACUAACAACGACAACUGCCAGGGUGCUGGCCCCUUCUACCACAGCCCCAGCACCACCGCUGCCAUGGCCAGGGAGCUGCUGCUCAACGGGUCCUCCCCCACAGCGGAAGCCAUGGGCCUGAAGGGCAGGCCACCUGCUCUGGCCUGCUCCUCUGUACAGCCGUCUCAGCAGCUGGACUACUUGGCCCAUGUUCAAGGCUUCCAGGUGCUGUAUAACGAUGGGCAAAGUGGCAAAGAUUUCAUCACCUACCUGACUCUGUCCCCUGUGCAGAUGACCUUCACUGGAAUUGGGACCUCCAUUGAGGCUAGCCAUGACCAGGCUGCUCUAAGUGCCUUGAAACAGCUGUCGGAACAAGGACUAGACCCGGUGGAUGGACCAAUCAAAGUGGAGAAUGGAUCACGGGAAAAAUAUGCACAGGCAGAACUACAAGCGAAACAUCUGGGGGAGAGGACGGACAAUAAACAGACUAACUCAGGCACUGCCGCUCAGGACUGCAAGGAUUCAAAGGCCGUCGUCUAGGAGCGGCGACCACUGCAUCCUUAUAAACCUGUCAACACGCAAUAGGGUGGAUGUGUACCAGGAAAUGACUGACUAAACGCCAUUAUUUGAGUCUAUGUGAAGACAACACUAUCCUAACACAUUACAUUUAUUGAUCAUUUAUAUGUAAUUCCAGUAAUUAUGAAAACAACCAGUGAAUGAAUUCAUGCAUGGUACUGUUAAAAUAAGGGAAAUCAAACAGAAUAUGCAUAGAGAAUUUUCCCUUUCGAUAGAUAUUUUUUUCAGUUUGCUGCCCUGUGGCAUGGUUAAAGAAAUAAAAGAAAAAGGACAUCAUGCCACUUAUUGAAAACAGAAAGGUAUAGUGAGCAAGACCACACUAGCACAGCUUAUUUUUUGUGGUUUUCAUUACUUUUUUUAUUACUCUAUGAAUAACAAUGCUUGAGUAUUUAAAGAUUAACCAAUGGCAGUGCUGUGAAAGUUGUAGUUGUUGUCUUCAUAUAUAGUCACCCAGCUUACCUUUUAUGCAGACAUUAAGCAUUCAUAUAUCUAUAUGGAUAUGUAUGACUUGCAGAAUACCAUAUGCAAAAAAAAUUUAAAAAACGGAUAAAAAUAAGAUAUAUAUUGACAACAAAACUAAAAUUGAUUGUGAAGUUCAUGAACUGAUGUUAGAAGUAUUGAAUAGAGGUGCUUCCUCCUGGAUUAGGAGCUGGGGUGGCUGAUCUGGGUGAACCUGACCUCUAACAUGGUUCCCCCCCUGGAAAUAGAAUUACUAGAAUGCUUCUGGUUAUAAAGCAAACUGAGGAAAGCUAGAACCGGGCGGCCAUAUUGAAUAGCAUUAAAUUGAAAUAUUUUCCUUGAACUAAAAUGUUACUAUUCUGCAAUAGAAGCUGCUGCGAUUCUAGAAUUGCUAUGCCUUGUGUGUAUAUCCUGUCUUGAUGGGAUUGGGUAGUUUUAAGCAAGUUAAAUAGAGCUUUUGACCAGGUCUAGUAAAUCUAUAUCUAUGGUUUUUCUCUUUUCCACCCAGUUUUGUCAAACACAUCUACACCCAUUUUGUGUGUUGUAUUGACCCACCAGUGCAUCAACUGAGUGUUUUUAAUGACUGCAUUCCGACCCACAACAACGUCAAGAAGGGGAAGUACAUUGGAUAUUCACAUGGAAAUCCUGAAAGAAAAUGUCUGGGAAAAAAAAGUGUUCAAACGUAACAAGUUCAAUAAUGAGCAGUAUGUCAUCUGACUGUGGAUAUAUUGUAUAAUAACAAACUGUCUGUUACUGAAAUGGCCAAAUGCAGUAAAAGCUCCUCAGUUCAUGUUGAAA